CAUGUGCUUCAGGUGAGGAGCAUAUUCCUCGUCAUACCACAUGAAGAAGGGGCAUCGAUUCACCCGCAUCUAUACACAACAGUUGGCUUUAGAAAAUGCCAUAUAAAAAAUACAAACACAUUGAAUAAAACCCUAAUAUCCAAAUGACUCAAAUCAGAAACCCCAAAAUUACCGUUUUACAAACCCUAAUAUCCAAAUGACCCAAAUCAGAAACCCAAAAAAUUGUCGUUUUACACAAGAAGAAGAAUUUCAUACAACUAACCUUAGCAUUUGGACAUCGAAAGAAUCGCCUCCCAGGAUGCUUUUCAGUCCAACACACCAUGACCUUCGCCUCCAAUCCGCAUUUGCAUUUAGGAACAUUGCACACAGGGAAUCCAUCUACAUAAUCCUCUUCUGAAAAUCCUUCGGCCAUAAUUAGGAGAUCGACACAAGAAAGAACCCUAAAAUCGACACAAAUGGAAAGGUGUCACGUCUAUAACAGUUUAUAACAGUUUAUGUUUGUCUAUUGUUUUUUAGCAACGAUAAGGUCAACAUUUUACAUAAUCACCUAAGGUACUUAUCCUAUGUUUUAAAUAUCGUCCACGGUACUCAUUCUUUUAUUUCAGGAUCAACCAUGGUACUUCAACUUUUAAUGAACUAUCACUUAAAGUACUUAAUCUUGAUAAUUAAAACAAUAAAGGUUCGUUGGUAAUUAAAAAAGGGACAUCUGUCACACCUGACAACGAAAAGCAAAUCUGAACCCUGCAUAAAUGAAGGUGCAACACAUUAUUCAACUGAACACUCAACCCCUUUCUGAAAACCCUCGUCUCAUUUUUUUUCUUACCAGCCUUCCCAUAGAUCUCCACUCCCAAGACACAACGACAAUGGAAGGACAAGCUAAACAAGUUGUGUGCGACUGUGGAAUUCCAUGCCGUAUGCAGAUUUCCUCCACCGAACGAAAUCCAGGACGGAGAUUUUACGGCUGUUCGAAGAGAAAUAAUCAAUGCGAUUUUUUUGCGUGGGUGGAUAACGACAUGGCCUAUCAGAUGACGAUGGUCAGGAAUUUGAAAAGUGAGGUUAAUGGCAUGACUGAAGAACGCAACAAAGCUCUACUGGAACUAGUUCAUGCCCAUACUCAGGUGGCGGCUAAAACUGACGAACUGGAGCAACUUAAUGAGGCCUUCGAGGGAUUGAAGGAGUCCAUUGAGAUGUACCACGAAGAAAAUGUGCUUAUGAUCCAGGAUAGUGGUCUGCAACUUAUGGAGAUAAACACUCUGAAGAAACACGUCAAGCUGAUGGAAGUCAAGUGCUCAGACAUGGAGAGGAAAAACAAGAUCAUGAGGCUUGGUUUUUUUGUGGCAUUUACAAUUGCCGGUUGCAGUUUAUCCGUUGCUUGUUUGAAGAAAAAAUGAUGCAUUUUCUAUUAAGUGACAAUGGCUUGUGUUUGUGCAGUGUUGUUAGUAAACUGCGUUCCAAUAAUUUUUUGUAUUAUCUUAAACUCAUUUAAUUUGCUUGUUGGGAAAACUUUGUGUGAUUCAAAAAUUUAAAUUACAGUACUGUCGUUGAUUACAUAAUUUAAGUGCAGGUGCUGUCUUUCAUAAUUAAAUAUAAGUUCAGGUGCUGUCUUUCAUAAUUGGUCGAAAUGUCAAGGGCUAUAUUAGACUUCACAGAGAAAUAAACCGCCAAAAAAAUGAAAACUUAAUGGCAAAGAUUAGCAAUGGGUUUUCCAAGAAACCCUUUCAUUACACACGUUCCAUCAGUUGUAUUGUUCCAAUGCAGCCUCUUCGUUAACCACAACCACUAACACAAAGGGCAUGUAAAGAAAUUGAAGAGUCAUGAUGGUAACUUAUUUAAAUAGGCAACCACAGCAACUGAUUCAACCAUUUCAGAUUACACAAAUUGUUCUUAUUCUCAGAAAAACCAGAAGAUGUCCGAUAAUAUUGUUGUGUCUUCACUUAAUAUGGAACUCAUGGAUUGCCCAAUAUGCUGUGAACCCUUAACAACUCCAAUUAUUCAGUGUGAAAAUGGGCAUGCAACAUGCAACUCAUGCUCGGAGAAGACUCAGAAGUGCCAUUCUUGCACCCUGCCUAUCAGAAGAAUGAGGAACCGGAUUCUUGAAGAUGUUGCUGACUCUUUGAGAGUUUGUUGCUCGUUCAAGAAUUAUGGAUGCCCAGCAACUGUGAGGUACCCCGAAAAGAGCAACCACGAAAAGUUCUGUUCUUUCAUAGAGUGCUCAUGCCCCAUUGAAGUUUGCAAUGUUAAGGGAACCUCUGAAAUGAUUUAUGCUCACUGUAAAGUGAUGCAUAAAGAUUUUGUGAAGCCGUUUGUUUUUUGUCGUAAAUUCCCUGUUUCUGUUCGGCUGAAUGAUAAUUUCUUUAUUCUCCAAGAGGAAAACACAGACAUUGUGUUUGUUCUGAACAACACAACGUGUUCUUAUGGGAAUAUUCUUACAAUCUGUUGUCUUGCACCGUCACAAGCUGGAUGUUGCCCCUAUGAAAUUGAAGUGAAUGCCAACUCAAGUCACAAGUUUCACAGUACUACCCAGAACAUUCAAGGCACCGGCAAUUACUAUCGUUCUUUUUCAGGGUUCCUUCUUGAUAGUGACCACGAAUUUUUUGCUGACGGUAUGAUCAAGAUGGAGUUUUGUGUUUAUCGCGCACCGGAGCUUGCUUAAGAGGAUGACCUGUUUAUGUAGUCUUGUUUAUGUAUUUUUUGGUUAAUUUUGGUGAAGAUGGAUAUUUUUGUUCUUGUUUUUGUUCUUGUUCAGGGUUAAUUUUGGUGAAGAUGGAUGUUAAUGUAAUUUUUUUCUAAACGUUCUGAAAUGUUUGAAUAUUUAAUGAAGUCAA